AUGGCUAGCUCUCUGCUUAGCUUCGGUAUAAUCCGCCCCUUACUCGUGCUCACUAACAGUCGUACGCUUGAGAUUAAGAUCAGCUUCCCGAUACUUUUCAAGAAGACAAUCGUUCCGGUGGACAGCUCCGAGGCCUUGCAGCUGCUUUCCAGCUUCAACCAGCUGGCAAACCUGUACGGUUUUCGGUACAGCACACUGUACUACCUGCUCAUUCCUCACCUCUACCGCUAUGACGGUAUCUUCGGUGGUCCUGACUACCGAUUCCUGCAAACUCUGCUCGAACGGCAAAACGCAACCCACACCUGGUUCUUUCACCGAUCGGACGACAUUAGGUACAACUCAACCAACCUGAACGCUGUCGAUAGGAUACGGCUCGAGACUGGGCGUGUGUCGUUCUCGUUCAAUCGACUACUUCAAACGGAACCAAACAAGAUGGAGAAGCUGUAUCUCAACACCUUCGACGGGAUGUGUGUGCUGGUGCCGAGAAAGCUGCUACAAACGUUCAUCCUAAAGCUUUGGCAACCAUUCUCCCAGUACCUGUGGUACGCUGUGAUGGCGAUCGUAGUGGCAGCGAUUCUAGGGAAUCUAGCCAUGCCUCGGCUGUUUGCUGUCAACUACAUUCUUGCCCUGCUGUUCGGUAGCAAAUCGGUCGACUAUCGGCUAAAAGCAUUCGAUCGUACGAUACUCUCCGUUCUCGACAUGCUCCUAUUUCUCCUGAAGGAAGCCUACACAGCCAAAAUCAUUACGUACAUGAUCAAAAGUCGUUACGAGCCGGAGCUGGAAACGUUGGCUCAGUUAGCUUCGAGUGGACCACCGCUGCUUCUAACGCCAGGAGACUAUGCCAACGUUAACGCAAGUCUGCACACCCUUUCCGGGCUACGCGUUCAGCUGCGGCAAGAUGUCCCGAUGCUGUCCACCGAUUGGCGCACCUACUUUCAACCGUCCUAUGCCCACGUUGUCCCGUGCAGCUACGGAAGGGCGCUGGUCGGUUCGAACGCGAUGCACGAGAUGGGUGCGCCCAAGUUUUAUCUGCUGCGCGAGAAGCUACUGAUUCAACCGGAAGCUUUCACCUUUCCACUGCACUCACCGUUCAUUGGCAGGAUAAAGUUUUUUGUCGAGAGACUUUCGGAGUCCGGUAUCUAUGGGUCGUGGUUGAGUGAGGACUAUUACACGCAGGAUCGGACCCCAACGUUGGACGAGGUGUUGAAGUUUGAGAACUUGGCCUCGUUGUUUUAUGUGCUGCUGGUUGGGUAUGCGGUGGCGAUGAUUGUGUUUGUGGUGGAGCAGGUAGUGGCGCUCGUUGGGGUGCGGUUGGAGCGGAAGCGUCUUACGCAGGUACAACAGGUAGGUAGGCUAGCUCGUAGAAGAGAGGUUGGUGCGAAGAACGAUAAGAAGUGA